AUGGAAGUCGACGAGAAAACCAUUGUCAGCGAUAGGUCGACCCCGGAAAAUGAAGCUGGUCAUUCAACUGAGAAACCAGUAUCCGAAAAACGUCGUCGUUGGAAUCGCAUUAUCGUGUUCUUCUCCCUUCAGCUUUCGCUUUUCUUGGCAGCAUUAGACAACACGAUCGUUGCAACCUCGUUACCAAGAAUCGGAUCCGAAUUUCAACAAAUGGCUAUAUCAGCUUGGGUAGUCAAUAGUUAUAUCCUAACGUUGGAUUCAUUUCAGCCGUUGUUUUCGAAAUUCUCCGACAUCUUUGGUCGCAAGUACGUGUUGGUGGUUGGCAUCAUCGUGUUUUUGCUAGGCUCGGUCUUGUGCGGCGUAUCGAAGACCAUGCUCAUGCUUAUCAUAUGCCGUGCGGUCCAGGGCAUUGGUGCUGCCAGUGUUUUUGUUAUUAUCUCUGAUCUUGUUCCUUUGGAGAAACGAGGAAGUUAUCAAGGCAUCGUCAAUGCUGUUUUUGCCGUUGCAAGUGUAUUCGGCCCACUGAUUGGAGGUAGUUUAACCGAUUACGUUUCAUGGCGUUGGAACUUUUACAUCAACCUUCCCAUUGGUGGUGUUGCCGUCGUUAUCCUUGUGAUCUUUUUGCAUCUACCUAUGGAAAAGCAAGAUCUAAAAACAAAACUCAAGCGUGUGGAUUAUGCAGGCAAUUUCCUGGUCUUGGCAGCAGCCACGCUACUCUUACUGGCCAUGAACUUUGGUGGUCAAACAUUCCCAUGGAAAUCGGCAGCCGUGAUUGUGCCUUUCGUUUUGGUGGGUGUCUUGGUUGCACUGCUGGUUGUGGUGGAAAUCAAGUAUGCAAGAGAGCCAUUGUUGCCCCCAAGACUAUUCAAGAACCGCUCUGUUGUCAGCGUCUUGAUAGCGAAUGUGUUCUUUGGCCUCACAUUCUUUGCAGCUGUAUACUACUUGCCAAUCUAUUUCCAAAUCGUACGCGGUGAUACGGCAAUGUGGAGCGGCAUUCGGCUGAUCCCUAUGCAGAUGAUGAUUUGCGUCUUCUCUACCGCUGCUGGUUUCUUUAUUUCAAAGUUUGGGAUCUAUCGACCUCUUAUCACCAUUGGCAUGACAUUGCUCACGCUAUGCAUUGGAUUGAUUUCGCUAUUUGACGUGGACACAAAUUGGUCGAUGAUCUAUGGUAUUACCGUUAUUGGUGGUACCGGAAUGGGAUUAAUGUUUUCGUCAACCAUCAUUGCGUUGCAAGCAGCAGUGGAGACAAAGGACAUUGCCGUGGUAACGGGUUUGAACAAUUUUUCACGGGUCCUUGGUGGUGCACUUGGUGUAGCCAUCGCAUCCGCUGUUUUAAACUCUUUUCUGCAAAAGAACUUGCCUGGGGUGCUACCUGAGCAGUAUGUGCUAGAGGUGUUUAAUUCGCCAGAGUAUAUACGCAAUGGUCUUCCAGAAGAAUACAUACAUCUUGCAACGGAGGUGUAUGUCGAGUCGCUUCGAUAUGUGUGGUACAUCUUGAUUGCCAUGUCCAGUGUUGGUUUGUUGAGCUCCUUUUUCACCAAGCAUCAUCCAUUGCGUCGUCCUCCACCUCCACAGCCUGCUGCUGAUAAUGCAGCUAACGGUAGCCAUGGCAACGGCAACCAUGGCAACGACAACCAUAGCAGCGACAAUGGCAAUAGCAAUACCGCUACUGAUACCGACGCUGAAAACGUCGCCAACAAUGACACAUCUUCAGAACAUCACGUUGCUGUGGAGAUUAAUAACAAGCCUGAAUCAGUGCCCCAGGCGUCGUGUCGGGGUUAA